GAAAGCAGUUGCUAACAAUGGCAUGUGGGACCAAGUCAGAGUGGAUCAUGGCAGGGAGUUUUACUUGACCCUGUACAUGCAGGAAAAGCUGUCUCAUCACAGACAUAAUGUUAACAGGCUACCUUAUGUGCAGACAACCUCUUCAAGGAACCUUCGUGUGGAAAGAAUUUGGCCAGAGGUCAAUAAUCGGGUGAACUAUCCCAUAAAACAGGCCCUGGUUCACCUGCUGGAUCAAGAGCUACUCGACAUGCAAGAUAAUGUAACGAAAUUUUGUGUCUCCAACCUGGCAUGUCAAGUGAGUCAGAUUGGACUUGGCAGAGUUGUGCAGUCCUGGAAUGCCCAUAGGAUACCAGGCAGAGGGAUACCAAACCAACUUGCAGCAGGUAGUUGUCCAGCAAGAAUUCCCACAGAGCUGCUGCCCAAUGCUGCUGAGGCAGCACACAUGUAUGAGCAGGAAUUUGGGUCCUCCCUGACUUGGGUAUCUGCCUUUGGCUCUGACCCAUUUCCGUCAGAGCAAGACCAAUGUCGUGCUGAGCAGCUGUUCGGAGAGAGGUUCCCAGACAUGGCGCUUCUUUUUGGAACAGUGGUCAACAAUGACCAUAGUAUGUUUCAGGAGGCACUGUUCUACCUGAUCAAUGUUACUGAGAGACAUGCAAGAUAAACUAGCCAUGUGUAUAUAUUUGUACAGUAGUUUUAUGAGAAAGUAAUUUAGUAAGCACAAUUUCAGAAGAAUAAAUACCAAGUUUGUUCGGACUCUGCAUAUGUAUUUUGUCAAAAAAUACAAGUAUAUAAAAGUAUAAAACCUUGUAAACCCUGAGUGCCACAAUAACUAAACAUGUGACAGUAAUACUGCAAAAAAAGUGCUUUAAGCUUUAUCAUUAUACAUUAUUACAUUACAAAACACAAUGCUCUGAAGAACUGGCAAGGUAUGACAGUAUGCGUUUCAGACCAUGCAGUAAAUACAAGUAUAACAAAUACAAAAUCUUGUAAACCCUGUACUGAGUGCCAC